AGCCAGAGAAUCUAGCCUAGCCGGUAUUUAAGCGGCGCAGGCCGCAAACCGCGCCACACUUUGGCUUGUUCAUGCCAGCUCCGGCCUGCCGUGGAUCAGCGGCAGCUACAGCAGUAGAACCACCACCGCUAAAUUCUCUCUGCAUCCUCCUACUGCUGCUCGGGGCCGGCGGAGAAGAAAGAACAGGAAAGCGAAGGAGGAAGAGGACAGAGAAGGACGGGCCAUUUGGCUACACGCUUAACGGGGCCGCUGCAACUGUUCCCUGAGCCGGCUGGUUAGCCCGGACCGCCGUUCUCCCCUUUCCACACGCGCCUUUUGGUCUCGUCCGCUCCUCACUCCCUGCCAUGUUGGAUUUUGCGGCCCCAGCCGGGGAGAAGUUGGAAGUUUAGGGCUUGUCGGGAAAGAGGAGGAGGAAGAAGAAAGGGCGAGGAGGAAGAAUUCCCUUUCCACCUCCCUAGCAGGGGCCUGCCGAUAGCGGCCUAGUUCACCAGCCUACCCGCCCCUCGGCUCCGUCUCCGGUUGCCGCCCCGAUGCUGCUGCAAUAGUGAGGGGUAGCUGCUGCUCCGUCGCCCUCCGAGGGGACGCGGAGCCCGACCCCGAGACGAGCCCGCGCAGGCGAGCGACAGUCAGGAGCCGGCGGCAGUAGCAGCGGUGGAGGUCCUGGCCGGCCCUCGCCGGCGUCUCCCGCGAUGAGCAACAACCAGCAGCAGCAACCGCCGCCGCGGCGGAUCACCAACGUGGGCUCCAUGCUCCUCACCCCGCAAGAGAACGAGAGUCUCUUCGGCUUCCUCGGCAAGAAAUGCGUGACAAUGUGUUCUGCAAUUAUUCAGAUUUACGCAGCAGAUCGCAAUACCAUGUGGUCUAAGAAGUGCUGUGGUGUAGCUUGCCUUGUAAAAGACAAUCCACAAAGGUCUUAUUUUAUCAGAAUAUAUGAUAUUAAGGAUGGAAAACAAUUGUGGGAACAAGAAUUGUAUAAUAAUUUUGUAUAUAAUAGUCCUAGAGCAUAUUUUCAUACCUUUGGUGGAGAUACAUGUCAGGUGGGUCUUAAUUUUGCUAACGAAGAAGAGGCUAAAAAAUUCCAGAAGACAAUAACAGACUUACUUGGACGACGACAACGAAAAUCUGAGAAAAGGAGAGAUCUACCAAAUGGUCCAAGUCUACCAAUGGCAACUGUUGACAUCAAAAAUCCAGAAAUCACCACUAAUAGAUUUUAUGGUUCACAAGUCAACAAUAUUUCGUAUACCAAAGAGAAAAAAAAAGGAAAAGCAAAAAAGAAGAGAUUAACCAAGGCAGAUAUUGGAACUCCAAGCAACUUUCAACACAUUGGACAUGUUGGCUGGGACCCAAACACAGGUUUUGAUGUUAACAAUUUGGAUCCAGAGUUAAAAAAUCUAUUUGAUAUGUGUGGAAUUUCAGAGGCUCAGCUGAAAGACAAGGAAACAUCCAAGGUUAUAUAUGAUUUUAUAGAAAAAACAGGAGGAGUGGAAGCUGUUAAAAAUGAAUUGCGAAGACAAGGUCCACCACGCUGGAGUGCUCCACCACCACCUCCACCAUCUAGGGGUGGCCCUCCUCCCCCUCCUCCCCCACCACCACAUAGCUCAGGACCACCUCCCCCUCCUGCUAGGGGCAGAGGAGCUCCUCCACCACCUCCUUCAAGAGCUCCAACAGCAGCACCACCGCCUCCACCUCCUUCUAGACCUGGUGGUGCAGUUCCUCCUCCACCACCAAAUAGGAUGUAUCCUCCUCCUCCUCCAGUUCAUUCUUCCUCUGCACCAUCAGGCCCACCUCCACCCCCUCCACCACCAUCAGGUGGUUCUUGUGUGCCUCCCCCACCUCCCCCACCACCUCCACCUCCUGGUCCUCCUCCACCGCCUGGUGUUCCAGUAGAGGUUGACCAUCAACUUCCAGUUCCCUCAGGAAAUAAAGCAGCUCUCUUAGAUCAAAUCAGAGAAGGUGCCCAAUUAAAAAAAGUAGAACAAAAUAGUCGUCCAGUGUCCUGCUCGGGAAGAGAUGCACUACUUGAUCAGAUACGGCAGGGUAUACAGCUGAAGUCUGUAACUGAUGGCCAAGAGACUGCACCACCUACCGCUGCUCCCACCUCGGGUAUUGUGGGAGCUCUAAUGGAAGUUAUGCAGAAAAGGAGCAAAGCCAUUCAUUCUUCAGAUGAAGAUGAGGAUGAAGAAGAUGAAGAAGAUUUUGAGGAUGAUGAUGAGUGGGAUGACUGAUCAAUAUAUUAUAUAUCAUAUAUAUUUUUAAGGUGAAAUACUAAACUACUUUCUGUCUAUGGAUUCUGUAAAAUUAUCAUGUAAAUGUUCUACCAAUUUGCUGUAUAUUUUUGUUGCCUUUUGCUUUUUUAUUAAUCUGUGCAAUACCUCAUUUAAUCUGUAAAGGUUUGUCAUAAUCCUAUACAAAGCUACUCCCAACUUAAUGUGUACCAGUUUACAUCUGGUUGCUCGGUGUACAUGUGAAUGCUUUCCAUUCCAUCAAUAAGGGAGUUUUAAUGUAAUACACGAGAUUGACAAACACACCUUAAAUGUAUUUAGUUAUAAUGCAAGAAGGAAAACACUAUUUUCAUACCCUACUUUUUCUGUAUCUAAAUUUUCUUAUUAAAACCUAGUAUAGCACUACAUUCUUUAAGCAAUGCAGCUCCUUGUUUUAGCCCCUUCAUCUUGGAAACUACGCUACAUGGGUAAGGCUGAUAAAACGAUGAACCAUUUCAAGUUCAUAACACUGCAGCAGUGUUUCCUGCUAUUGGGCAGCUUGGAUACCUGUGCUCAAUUUAGGAACAUCUUGGUUGGUUACAGAGUGUGACAUCUUUGAUGUAAGCUACCUCUGAUUUUUACCAGCUACCUUUCACAAUGAAGAGGAGUCUACAUUUACGGCAACUGCUGCAGGCAUUUAUUUAUUUUUAUAUAAUGUUUUUUACUGAAGGGCUGUGGUUAAUAUUUGCUCUGAUUAAUAAUGGAUUUAAAUUAAUUUUAAAAUUUGUAGGGCAUGAGUGUACUAAUAAAUGAAUCGAAGUGGUGUAAUUCUGCAGUCCAUAUAGAUUAUGGUACAAACCAAUACAAUUAAGCACCGGAUCUGCCAUCUAGAUAUCAAAAUCAUUUAGUUAGGGUUGGAUGCCUUAAAUAUAUACUUCUCCUGACUGUGACAGGCUUUCCUAAGGUUAUGGGAAGAGUUGGUAGCGGAGGGGAGUGGUACAAGCAUGAGUUCUUCACUGUUGUUUCCUUCCGCCCUCCUCAGCUUAGUCUCUCUUUGUUUUGGCCAGAUAAGAAGAGACUGGAUAGGCUCUGUGCCCCUAAGCCUGUUAGUGUUGAUGGUACUGAGAUCCAGUUCCAUAUUCCUCACAUACUCCUCUAUGACUAUUCAAGCUUUGUAGGUCACUAUUGCCCUGUUCCCUUUGGAUUCUAAAUCGCCAGAGCUUGAAACCAAGAGUAGGAGGAACUAAUUGAACUGCUUGCCUUUUUACCUUUUGGGAGAGGCUCCCUACUACAAAGGUUGUAAACCACUGCUUUUUACAUGAACCAAACUUUCAUAUUGCAAUUUAUUGUAUCCUGUGUUUAGAAAUAUCAAGGGAUGUGAUAUUAAAUGACAGAAUGCCCUAUGCUUGACAAUUGCAUUCCAAUAUAUGAUGGGAAAUUUUCUCAUCUUAAUUUUCAUAUUUACUAAUGGACUUAAUAUUUGAAAUAUCUCCCUAUUUUAUGUACAGUACUGCAUUUAAGAUAGGCAUUGGCAAUGCUAAUUCUGUACUGGCAGUAAGAAAUAACUUGUCUCACUGAUGCAAAAUGUUUCAAAUGAGGCAUAUUUGGAGUACAGUUAACACAUGCUUCUGCCCCCCCCACCCCCUCUUAGUCUAUUCACAGUAUAUUGGAUAACAUUGUAUUUGCUGAAACCCAGUGUUGGCCUGAUCUUGGCAGGCUGGACCUGCACGAUGUGGCUUGGAUAUCUAGUGCAGUUAUAAUGUAUGUCUAGAAUUCAGAUUUUUAAUACGCAAGGAAAACAGGAUGAAAAGGUGAUGUUGAUGAAUGAAGGUGUGGAAGCAGAAGCUAAAUUUUUCAGAUGAGGAAAACUUUUCUUUUAAGCACACGACUUGGGAAAGGAGAUUUUUUUAAAAGUGUCUCCUUGCAGUUGUAACUACAGCACUGCAUACUGCUAGAAAGACUUUCAACUAGCAUUGCUGCUAGUAUGGCGUGAGGACUAUGAGCAGUGUUGCUGAAGCCAAAUUAAUGCUAUAUAGUAGGAUUAAGAAUGUGCACAUGGGAGAGGAGUGUUAAUGGCCCAGUACAGCUUUUAGUGUUGUCUCUGUGGUUCUGAUAUCAAAAGGGGCAUUUUUAAAGUGGGUACUGCUCAGGUGACCUCCAAAAUGUUACUUAUUAGCAUGAAUUAAGCACAUGCUUUUGGAGUUAAGAGAACUUGGAAAGAUAUAUUAUUAUAUGGCUGGGAUAUUUGUGUGAUCCGUUAAUCACUUGCCCAACAGGCUUUUGUUUUGUUUGUUUUCCUAUAAAGUAUACCACAUUAUUGUACAAAAUUCAAAUGUUUUACUUUCAGUAGCAUAUUGUAUGGUUUUAAUUUAAGGCAUGACUGCAGUUACAAUUAGGCUAAAAAGUCACAGCUGCAUGUUUCUGAGUUUUCCUGUUUCCAGUGUGGUCAGGAGGCAGUGUUUCAUGUCAUUGAAUCACUACUGCUAACGGUUGUAACAAGGCAGCUUCAUGUGCCAGUUAAAUUGAAUGUCCAAGUAGCCUUGUCAAUUAGCAAAUGAGCCUGAGGCCUGUAUCUCAGCACUGCACAUAAACAAUAUCAACUAGCCGCUUGUACUCUGAAAAAUCUCAGUCAUACAGUUUUCCAUUUCAUCAAAUUGAAAUUCUUGAUAUGUGAAUUUUCUUUCUCUUUGGCUUUUUUUAAUGUACAGUGAAUAGGAUGUUGCACUGGUGGCAAUUCAUCAUGGAGCAUAAUAAAAUUAAUUUGACUCAAUAA